GGAGCGACGGUUGGGCUGCGGCACAGAGCGCGUGCCGGCGGGGGGAUGAGCGAUUGAGGGCGAUGCGGAAGCAGCGUAGCGCUGCCGCUGGCAGCUUGCAGCAGAGUCAGCCGGAGUUUGAGAGCGCCUUCCAAGAGUUGUAUAAGUCUCUGCUUAGCAGCCAAGAGAAAGUAGCUGCAAAUGGCACAUUGAAGGAGAAAUAUUGUGCUUGCAUCACUACACACAAAGAUUCUGACAACUUUGUAGCAUUGCAGAAAUUCCCCCCAAAAAACACAAGAUUUCUUUCUAAAGACAUCCAUAAAACAGAGUGUUCCAUUCAGUCUGAGCAUGUGAUGCCAAAGGACAGCAGCAGUAAUGUGGCCACUGCUGGAAUCUACAGUACCACAGCUGAAACUGCAAAACUUUCUGCUAAAACUCACGAUGUAAACUUUGACACAUUUCUAGUUAAAGCAGAGUCAAACACGGAGACAGGUUUCUCUGCUGUCAGACAAAUUCUCCCCACAAGCUCAAGCCCCACCUUUGGUGAUGAAGGCAAAACUUCUGAAGCCUUGCAUGAUGAUGAUGGAUCCAUCUCCAUUAACUCUGGAGAAGAUUACAGAGAAACAGUUACCUGUGAAGCAUGCUCGAAGAUGUUUUGGAAAAUGGUAAAUAAAAAGCGAACCAGGAAAAAGCAACAUGAAUCGGGCAAGAAACAGCCUUAUGAUCCUACUUCUUUAUCCUGUGACCAAUGGGUCUUGAAAAAGCCUUUGUUGCCAAGAGGUAAUAUGCAUAAAUACAGAAGAGAGAUUGAGUCACCAGUAAAAUACCUGAAAUCACUGCGAGGGUCUGCCCAGGCUAAAGAAACAAUGAAAUGGAUUCCCCAGUGUUCCAGGCCUCAUGUGUUUCUACACAGGAAUCUACGGUCUUGUAAGAGAAAGGUUGAUGAAUUUCUUCAUGCAAGUAGAAAGAAAUGGCCUCAAAAGAAGGUGAGAAAGAGAUCCAGGAAGAAAAAUCUCUUUGUCUACAUGCUUCCUGAAGCUUCUCCCUCUGCCAGUGUACUCUCAGAUAAUGAAGACUCUGAAUUUGAAUUGGAGGUCAGGUCUGUGAAAAGGAAGCUAGCCUCAGCUGUCCUGAACAGAGAAGCCAGGCUCAAGAAAGAUGGCUGUGGUUUUUCAGACGAUUCAAACACCAUUGAAAGUGGGUUUUGCAGUUCUGACAGUAAGUCCAUGCAGUACGAGAAUAGCACCUGUUCCAGGCAAGAUAAGCUUGCACUUGAUUUAUUUGGACCUGAAACAAGUGCCUUUUCAACUUCAACUUUGUUCUGCACUGAAAACAAUUUACACUCCCAAUAUAAGGAUCCAAGAUCAUGGGAGGAAACACCAAACAAGAAUUCCAUAGUUCCUCUUUCCAGUUCUUUUGGUUGGUUAAAACCUGGAGGGUUUACAUCUAUGAUUGCUAAGUUAAAGGCUGGACAUCAAACCUUACAGGGCAGUGUGGUUAAAGAGACAUAAUCUACUCAUUCCUUUUGAAACUUGCCUUAAAGGAUUCACAAUGCUGUUCACAUUUAUAGCUAUUAAGUUUUCUUUUUGUAGCAUUGUCAGUUUUAAUUUUCUUGCAGAAUUUGAUCUGUUGCAUUUAAACAGCAGUGAUUAAUUUGUAGUUUAUUUAAAAUAAAUGGUAAAGACUGGGCAUUCCAACUGCAGUUUCUUAAUUAAAUAAGCACCCAGCAUUUACCAACUCACCAGCUUGCACACUGCAGUUAUCACCUGCAGAUGAUGUUCACAGAUAUUGGAAACUACUUCAUCUUUGUGAUUCUUUUGAAAGCCCAUUGUGUUCUGAAUGAAAAUGGGAGAAAUGCAGUACAGAAGAACUUCCUCAAGAAUAGAUCCUUUUUUUGUUGCAUGGUUAAAACUUGUACAGCUGUAGUCACCAGGUUAGAUGCUAUAACUUUGAGCUGUAGCAGAUGGUGUUUAAGAAUGAUUAAACUUUAUUUUAUUCCAACAUACAAGUUGUCUUGCAAUGAGAAGAAUGGUUCCAAAAUACCUAUUUUGGUAAGUGGUUAUAGUAAAUUAUACACCAUGUUGGUACUAUAAAGGGAACUUAGUU